AUGGCCAAGAUUGUCACCGUCGUUGGCGCCACCGGCCAGCAGGGCCAGGGCGUGGUGUCCGCCUUCAUCAACAACCCGGCCUACCGAGUACGCGCCAUCACCCGCAACCCGUCCAGCGCGGCGGCCCAAGCGCUCUCUGCCCAAGGCGCCGAGGUGGUCUCCGCCAACCUCGACGACCUCGCCAGCCUCAAGACCGCCUUUGCGGGUUCCCACAUCGUCUUCGCCGUGACCAACUUCCUGGACUCCUUCGUCGCCCUCGGAUCCCUAGACAAAGCCAUGGACGCCGAGACCGCGCAGGGCAUCAACGUCGCGCGGGCCGCCGCCGCCACGCUCCCGACGCUGGAGCACUACAUCUGGAGCACGCUGCCCAACGCGAAGGCCCUGUCGGCGGGGAAGCACCCCGUGCCGCACUUUGAGAGCAAGAACCGCGUCGACGCCUACAUCCGCGAGCGCGAGCCUGACCUCCUGCGCAAGACCACCUUCCUCUGGGUGGGCAACUACCACUCCAACUACCGCAGCCCGUGCCACACGCCCAACUGGAUCCCGUCGACCAACAAGUUCAUCCAGUUCGGCAGCUUCGCGCCCGACACCCCGCUCCUCUCCAUCGGGGACGUAACGCGGAAUCUAGGUCCGUUUGUCAAGGCGGCUGUGGAGCAGCCGGAGAAGACGGCGAACGGGGGCAUUGUGCUGGCCGUGACCGAGACGUAUACGGCGGAUGGGCUGCUGCAGCUCUGGGCGCGAGUGAAGGGGACGAAGGCGCAGUUCGUGCAGGUCGGUAAGAAGGACUAUCGCGAGAUGUGGCCCGUGGUGGCGGAUGUGGUGGGCGCCAUGAUCGAGUACUGGGAUGACGUUCGGGAUCGGAGCUGGACGGAUCCGGAUGGACGGAAGGUCCUGACCAAGGAUGAUCUGGGCGUGCAGGGUCUGCAGAGUUUGGAGGAGGCGUUCAAGGAGCUGGAGUUGUCGCGCUUUGACGGGCCCAUACCGGGCCAGGAAAGAACACAAGGCCAUGGUCCCAUGACAGCAAUGUCCGCCCCGGCCAAUCCGGUCCAACACUUCCGUCCGACACCGGGCAUGACAUUCAUCAGCUGCUAUGUGCCCAGGGCCAUGUCCAAGCCGUCGGGAACCUACUUCCGUGGCUGA